CAAUCGGGCUUUUAUCAACUCGGGUGUUCGCCCUUCCAACUCUUCUUCUGGUUUCUUCGUGUCUUCUUCGUAUUGCCUGCCUGCAAUCCAAGUCUCUCCUCUGCGCCGCCCACUCUGCCCCCGUCGCUUCCGCCUCUCCCGCCUGGCGCCAUCUGCCCGUCCUUCUGCCGGCUUGCCCCCCCCCUUUCGUGCCCCUCGCUGCCGCCUUUGCCGCCCUCCCCUCCAGUCCUUCCGAUCCAUCCUUCCCUCUGAGCAUGGUCCAGAAGACAACCUUUAUUCAGAAACUCUACAGGAUCCUGGAAGACGAAGCCUUCCACCACCUCAUCUGCUGGGGUGAUAGCGGAUCCACCUUUCUUGUUUUGGACUCGCUCGAGUUUUCCAAGAACGUCCUCCCAAAGGUCUUCAAGCACAACAACUACACCAGCUUUGUCCGACAACUCAAUCUAUACGGCUUCCACAAGCUCAACCGCUCGUAUCAUCGUCACAACCUCAACGACGACGUGGAGCAGGUUCCCGAGCCCCGCGAGUUCUUCCACCCAAAGUUCAUUCGAACCCGCCCUGACCUGCUUCCCGAGAUCCGGCGGCGCACCGGCGGCAACGCUCCCGACAACCGCAACACCAACGCCAACACCAACGCCAGCACCGAGUCGACUGACACUGUCAAGGAGGAGCUCAAGCUCAACCGCCCUGUUCUUCAGGCGCCCAUGUUCAAGCCCCCUCAUCCCGUCCACGACGAGAUCGACUCGAUCGGCACCCAGUCUGACCACCAGUACUCGCCUGAAAAGGGAACGCCCGAGGAAGAGGUUGAGCAACGCCGUGCUGCCAGCCAAAUGGAGUCCCUCAUGAAGAGCUGGGAUGCCAGCAAGGAGGGAAACAUGUCCCUGAUGCGUGAUGUCCAGCAAAUGAUGAUGAAGCAGAUCUCGAUGCUGCAGUCCCACAUGCACGAAAUGUCCAAGGAGAUCAAGGACCUGCGGCGACUCGUCUCCUCUGACGCUCGCCCAAGUCGCUACCCGCGGCACUCGCAACGCACCGAGACCAGCCCGACAUAUGCCGUCUCUCCAGCCCAUCCGUCCUCCGCGUCGAGCCAAGCUCUCCCUUCUGUCUCGUCCCUGACCAACAACUACCUCCAGCCUGCCUCAGGGUCGCGCUAUCCGGCUACCUCGCCUCGGCCCGUUUCAUCCACGUCGCUGCAGCCCCCGCCUUCAUUCCAGAUCUCGCCCCCGUCACCUCAGCCCGAGCGCGGACGCUCGCACUACUCCUCAUCCAGCCACCAACCUCGCCACAUUUCGCACUCACCCCUUCCCAGCCACGAAGUCUCAAAGUCGCGGCGCGAGUCCGUCAGCCCCGCACCGGGCCACUUCCCACCCUCCCCAAGAGGCAUCGAUCAACUGGUAGCCGCUGCGCACUCGUCCAACGGCUAUCCAGAGCACGAUCGUGACUACGGCCACGCCAGCCAUCGCAAGAUGUCGAUCUCGUCCUCCCGGGUUGAGGGAGAUGCUCAUCCCCGCCACCCUGGCGCACCGUCGGCCUCUUUGAGUAUCCGUACCGAUUUCGGCCACCACCCUGCUGACAACAGCCAGCGUGACCGCUCGGGUAGCUCGCUGAGUCCCUACGGAUACGGCCACCAUGCCUCGGUUCCUAGCCUGCUGCGGCCGCGUGGAUCGAGCCCCCCGACGCAUCCCGAACCGCAGCGCCAUUCGUCGUCCCGCUAUCACCCAUAUUCACCACCCUCCCAUCCGAGCGCACACCACCACCACAGCCAAAUCGUCGCCGAGCCGAAAAAGUCGCAUUCCCUGCACGUCCCCUCGGCCGACUACAAGUACCGCCCGGGACACGACCAAGGCCACAGCCCAUAUGACAUGAAACACGGCGGUGCCGCUCCCGGCGGCCCCAACGGCGGCAUGUAUGGCCACGAAAUGACAAAGUCGCUGAGUGCCCCCGGCAAGUCCCACGUCCCGAUUGCGCCCAUGCGGAGCCCCUUCCACGACGCCUCUGCCAACAUGGAUACCGACUCCCGCGCAGUCUACAUGGAUCGGACAGAGCGCUCGCUGGGUGCCAUCUAGGCCCACUUAAUCGACAUUGCCUUUCCCUGCGUCUGUUUUUUCUUCUUGUUGUCUUUGAUAAUUUAAUGUUGCCCGUUAGAUUUCCCCAGUGUUGCUGUUGUCUGGGCUCGAUGGGGCGGGGGCAGCACAGGAUGGUGGUGGCAAGCUGCAGCGCUGGCGUGCUGGGUUUCGCCCUCUCCUCCAUCUGCCCCGUCCUCGGAUCCCACCUGCCUCUGUAUGGCCAUACCAUUCAAGCCCUCUCGCUCCCUCUAUUUGCACUCUCUCCUCCAAUACACAAUCACAUCUAUCAAAA